GUUACUUUACCUGUUACUGUGGUUGAGGGGGUCAUUCGGGUUGCAUCUGCCCCGGUUGACGGGCAGUUGGGAUGUCAGCUUUGGUUGCGAUCCAGCGGCGCGCUUGCUUUUGACCGCCACCGCCUGUCUAUCCUUUGUGCUGAGCCGCGGAUGCUGAUAGUGAUGGCGCAGACAUCUGUGGGUCCGCUGGUCUUUGUGGUUGCGCAUGCUCCCACUUCUACGGCACCUGCCGGGGAGAGGGAGGCAUGGUGGGCGUGUCUCACCAGGCGUCUGCGCGGCUUGCCGCCUAAGGCCACCCCGGUGUUGUGCUGUGAUGCGAAUGCUCGGUAUACCUGGCGCCAGGGCCAAGAGCACCCGGCGAAUGACAAUGCCGUGCAGCUCGAAAAGGUGGCAGAGACUUUUGAAAUGUGCCGUACCAAGUCUUACAGCCCUGAUGGAGACUUGGUAGCUCAUGUUGCCACUGUCCCGGGUUGGAUGAACAUGCUGGAGUUGAUCAUCAAGUCCUGGGGGCACGCUAUGCUGACCCCUGAGGGCCGGAUUGCCGUUGCGCAGCUUUUUGCGACUGCCCCGGUCUGCCCAUGGUCCGCCAACUCGGACGAGCACUUGCGUGGCCUCCACGAGCACCUACUCCAUGGUGCACGGGCCCUUUUCCCGGGCACAAAGCAUGGCCCACGCCGGCCGGUCCUUUCUGAUGGCACCUGGCAGCUUUUGCGGGUUAAGCGUUGGGCACGUCGUGUUUACCGUCGCAGGCAGCAGCUUUUCCGCCGUCAAUGCUUGCACGCUGUCUUUGGGGGCUGGCGCGAAGCUGCUCAUGCUUGCGAUGGCGGUCUACCUGAGGCGAGCCUUGUACGGGUCCACGACUACCGGGUUGCACACUACAUUCGCUUCAUGCAGCAACUCGGUGUUUCGUUACGCGCGGCCACUUUGGCUGAUGAGGCAGCCUUUGCGAGAGAUCACUUGGCAAGGGCACGCAAGGGGGGACCCAAGGCAAUGGCUGCUGCCAUACGCGCGGUGCUAAAGCACGGCAGGCGCUAUAGGCAGCCACAGCCUGCUGCCACGCUUCGAACUGAUAAGGGUGUCUUGGUACACGAUGAGGCCGACAUUAAAGCGAUGUUUGGGCACCACUUCGCUAGGUCAGAGCGUGCCACUCCUUGCCCUUUUGCAGACCUUGCGUGCCUGCGGCCCGACGGAGCCCCCGCGCAUCUUGUGGUUGAUGCCUUGCCGACGGCUGCUGAUCUCUCUAGUGCCUUUGCAGGCAUGAAGUGCGGUAAAGCUCCGGGCCCCACUCUUCUUCCGGCGGAGCUCUUUAAGGCGGCACCCAUGGAGGCAGCUUUGAGUGUCAUGCCGGUACUUCUCAAAUGCCAGGCUCGGCAGUGCUUCCCUCUCCUCUGGCGUGGAGUGCAUUCUAUUGCACUCCUGAAGCCCCAUAAAGACCCGCAAAAGGUUGACAGUCACAGAGCCAUCGCUCUCAUGGCCACCACCGGCAAAGCAGUGGCAAAGGCCUGCCGCCCUGUUUUGGCAAGGAGGUUUGAGUCUAUCACACAGGCGUCCGUAGGUGGCUCUCGAAAGGAUGUCCCGAUUGAGCUCCCCUCUUUGAUGGUGCAGGCUUUCCUUGGCCAUCUCCGUCGCCACAAGCUCAAUGGUGCGGUGCUCUUUUUGGAUGGCGUUGCGGCCUUCCCGUCUACGGACCGCACUCUGCUGUUUGACCUCACGGAGGAGGAGCUUCAAGCCAAGCUUGUUGAGGCUCAGGUUGAACCUGAGGUGGCGGCUAGGUAUAAAGCGGCUUUCCAGGGGCAGGGUGCCCUCGGUCGCGCAGGUGUGCCGGCAGAUGUGGUCGCGUUUCUCCGGGCCUCUCUUCGAGGAACCUGGUUUAGUGUGGACGAAAAGGCUACCCAGGCUUACGCCACCACAUGCGGCACGCUACCGGGCGCACCCAACGCUGACAUCUCUUUCCAGUAUGCAGCUCAGGCAUCCCUGGCCGCCCUUGAGCGCCACCUUGCUGAUGAAGGUAUAUCAGCGAGACUUGCUGCCCCCUCUGGCGGCCAGGUUGACGCACCUCCAGCGACGUGGUUGGACGACAUCGUUUUGAUGAUCGCCAGUCCCAAUGUCUUGCAGCUACCGCAUGCCGUCGCACGGGCGGCCAGCUUGGCUGCUCAAUACCUUCGUAUCUUGGGAGUUCGGACUAACUUCUCCCCAGGCAAGACGGAAACUGUCCUGCAUGCGUGUGGCCCUGGCUCCCAGCAGGUAAUGCGUCGAUGCAUGGUUUGGGACGAUCUACAGCCCAUCCCAGGCAUAGGCGUCAGCAUCCCAGGUCAUCCGGACGUCCAGCUGAGGUGCGUGGCCCAAUAUGCGCAUCUCGGAACGUUGCGUGCCGCUGACGCCAGGAGUGUCGAAGACGUUGCCAAGAGGAUUGCCCAUGCCCGCGAGGCUCUGCACCCGGUUCGUGCCAGGCUUCUUACUAACCCGAACUUUGGGCUGGCGGAAAAGAGGGACUUUGUCUUCGCUUUAGUCCUAGCACGCCUCCUUCACAACUCUGGCACGUGGGUUUUUCACUGCAUGACCCACCUGGGCAAGUUCAGGCGUGGCUACUACGGUAUCCUUCGUGGCUGCGUACGACCCCUCUGGGGUUUCCCGUGCAGGCGUUUGAGCAAUGAGCAAGUGUGUGCUCUUCUUGGAGCCAUGCUGCCGGAUGAAGCGCUGGCGUGCUCGAGAGUACGGGUGCUUGCUGCAAUUUCUCGCCAGGGCCAUGCUUUUCUUGAAGCGAUUCUGUGCUCGGAGCAAUCCUGGCUGGAGCGGGCUCUCCAGGAUGUCGUCAGCGUGGCUACAGUGGUCGCUGACACGGGCCUCUGUGCGUGGGCGGAACAGGCCCGGGCUGGCAACACGUCUCUUAAAAGCUGGCCCCUGUCCGCCGGGCUAACUCGCUCUCUGCUGAGGCGCUUCCGGGUCAAGGUCGUGCAAGGGCGUGACUGCCUCGUCAAGCCUGCUGCCGAUAAGGCGCGCCUUCAUGAACGGGCGGCUGCUGCAGGGGUAUGCUACAAUGCUGUUCCGGUCAUCAAGCCCACCGAUGCUGCGUGUGGAUGCAAGCUCUGCGGCUCGUACUUCAGCACGGCUGCUGCUAUGGCUGCCCACAUGGCUAAGGUCCAUGAUGUCCGGUCACAGGCCAGUUACGCCAUAGGCUCCUCUUGCCAGGUCUGCUGCCGGCAGUUCUGGUCGACUGCCAGACUGCGCCAGCAUCUCCGGACGUCUGGGCGCUGUGCUCGCUCCUUUGCGGGAGCAGACCUGGACGCGGAGCCGGAUGUUCAUGAGGACCCAGGCGUGCGAGCUCCGCCUGUGGUCAUGAUUGGGCCGCGGCCCUGGUGGGCCCUGCUGGCGCCCCAACUGCCUUCACCGAUUCCCAGCGCAGAGGUCAGCUGGCCUACGAACCACAGUGGGUCCACCUGCUUCCUCCCUAUCCUAGAGCGUUUUCUGCGGCUGGUUGAGUCCCAUGGGUCUGCUGAAGCGGCCCAAAUUUUGCAGGAGGUAGUCUUUUCUGACGAGUAUGGACGCCUCGCCCAACGGCUUGCGCCUGCUCUGUCGGACUCUUACCACGAGCAUAAGUACGCAUGUACAGGUCAGCUGCGUGCGAUUGCUCGGAAUGGUUUUGUCGUUUAUGGACCCACAGCGGCUGUGAUGGCUUUUGGCCCGGCCCUGCUGCGGGCUUAG